CCUCCACGUCGCUUGUCGCUUCUGUGCGCAGAGAUGGCAGGAGGUGUGCGGAGGAGAGGUCCCGCUUCCCCGUCCCCGCUGUGGGGCAAGCUCCAGGCGCUUUGGCAGGACAAGCAUCUGGUCCUGUUCAAGACGGAGCACACGCUACUGGUCGUUUCGGUGCUGUGGAUCCUGGAGAUAGGAAUCAACUUCUGGGUCAUACAGAGAGUGGCAUACACGGAGAUUGACUGGAAGGCUUACAUGGAUGAGGUGGAGGGGGUCAUCAACGGCACCUACGACUACACCCAGCUUAAAGGGGACACCGGCCCUUUGGUGUACCCCGCUGGAUUUGUCUACAUCUUCGCAGCGCUGUACUACAUCACCAGCCACGGGGUGAACAUCCGCCUGGGCCAGUACAUUUUUGCAGUCUUCUACCUCGUCACGCUGCUGCUCGUCUUCAGAAUAUACAACCGCACCAAGAAGGUUCCCCCGUACGUGUUCUUCUUCGUGUGCUGUGCCUCAUAUCGGAUCCAUUCCAUCUUCGUGCUGCGUCUCUUUAACGAUCCGGUGGCCAUGAUGCUGCUGUUCGCAGCCAUCAAUCUCUUUAUGGAUGGAUACUGGACCCUGGGCUGCGGUGUUUUCAGUUUAGCAGUGUCUGUGAAGAUGAACGUGCUUCUUUUUGCCCCUGGAUUACUUUUCCUCCUUGUGUGGGAAUUUGGUCUCAUCAGAACGAUCCCGAAGCUUUCCCUAUGUGCAGCCAUACAGCUUCUACUGGGCUUGCCUUUCCUAUUGGAUAAUCCUGCUGGUUAUGUGAGCCGGGCCUUUGACCUCGGCCGUCAGUUUAUGUUCAAGUGGACGGUGAACUGGCGCUUCCUGCCAGAGUGGCUCUUCCUGAAUCGCUACUUCCACUUGCUCCUGCUGGCCGCUCACCUCCUCACCCUCCUGCUCUUUGCUUUCCGCCGCUGGAAAAGACCAGGAGAAAGCAUAUUUGAGCUUCUUAAGGAACCGAGCAAGAGGAAAAUCCCUGCUCAGAACCUCACUGUGGAUCAGAUAGUGUUGAUCCUCUUCACGUCUAACUUCGUCGGCAUGUGCUUCAGCCGCUCCUUGCACUACCAGUUCUACGUGUGGUACUUCCAUACGCUGCCUUACCUGCUGUGGAGUGGAGGAGUCAAGAAGCUGGCCCAUCUGCUCCGGGUACUGAUCCUGGGACUGAUUGAGCUUUCGUGGAACACCUAUCCCUCGACUAACAGCAGCUCCGCAGCCCUCCACGUCUGUCACCUCAUCAUCCUCCUCUGUCUGUGGCUGGCCCCGCCCCUGACCUCUGCCCCGACAGAAAAGCAAGAACAUACAGCCGAUAAGGACAAGCGUCACUGAGCCUGACCGAACAGGACGUUUGAUCGGAUGCUGAGCAGCCCCCCCCGCUAUGUUCCUCUCUUUGACCGGCACGGCGUCCUUGCAGAGAGAAGUCGCUGUGAGGCUGCUGCCAGGCGGAUACAAGGAGCCGUUUGAUGCCGCUCAUCUUUGAUCGUGCUUUAAGUCAUUCAAACCCAGAUAUGUGCACACUGCUGUGGGUUGCAGUCAGAGAGAUGACAACAGAAAUUAUGGAUUCUCAGGUGUCUUUGUUACAUAAUUGGAAGUUUUAAAGUACUGUGUAAAAAAAAAAAAAUCAUGGCUAUUUAGAGAUAAGUUGCUUUUUCAAAAGAAAAACUGCCCUGAUUCUAUUAAAAGCAGUGCAUGGUCUAUAUUUAUUUGCAUACGAAUGAACAUUUGUGCAUAUACAGAAUGUGAGAGAUUAAGGUCAAGAUCCAGAGAGCUAAAGCUAGACCCAGAAGCAUUAAAUUAACUGCAAUUUGUUCAAGGCCUGAACAUCUGUUGUAUUUUUAUGCAAUACUGAAGAUAAAAUAAACAAUUAGGUUUACCUGC